CUUCUAAAGGCCUUGCUCGCUCAACCGUGAACGACGAUUCACUGUCGUCGGCACAACUUUUGCCAUGAAAACAGUGAAUUUUUAUAAUGCAACCUCUUUUCGCAACCGUCAAAACAGUACUAUUAUAAGCGUGAUAUUUUAUUAUCUUAUCGGCGUAGAUUAUGUACACAAGUGUUGGUUUUGUACCGUGUAAUGGACAACACAUUAGUUACCAGCACUCCAAUGGGUACCGUGUGAUUACUACUGAAUACCGAGAAAAUAAUAUAACCAACAAACGUAUGGAACGUAAGGAUUUAACAUUGAGUUCCCAUAACUUAAUCAUACGAGAUGAACAGCUUUACGGGUAUACGAGCUACACGAACUACGGGAUGGAUACUCCUACUCCUGCUCCGUCGGCCUCAGGCGACUGCCUGGCCGGGUUCACAUUUCCCACCAUGGAUUCCCUGAGUCCUGUACUGGACUCGGACUUCGAUGAGAGCCUGGCUGUGCCCGAGUCACUGUCCAUCAUAGACGGUGACAAAGUCGAUAAUAAGGAGGAAAACGGUGUUAUUGCACCAAGACAAACGACAGUGCCAUUUAAAAAUAUCCACAAUGCGCCGGUAAAAUUCAACUCAGUGCGGAGGCAAGUGUUCAUUCCGGGCGUUGAAAUAAAGGUCAGAUUCGUAGAGAACGAAAGAAGCGUCACAACACACUUGCUGAAUCCUAAUUUGUACACAAUCUACCUCCAACAUGGUGAAUUCAACUGGACGAUCAAGAAGCGAUACAAACACAUCCUAUACCUUCACCAGCAGCUCACACUAUACAGAACCUCAUUGGACAUUCCCUUCCCCACGAAAACCCAUAAAACUAGAAGAGCCAGCUUCAAGAAUACUGUUGAUACAGAAGAAAAGGCGGAAAGGGUGGCCAUGCAAGCUGUGCCUAGAAGUAAUUCAAGGAGGGCUGUGAGGCCUAGGAAGAGGAAGGGGGCGUUGCCUAGGUUCCCAAAGAAACCCGAAGUAAUGGUGACUUACGAGGGCAUCCAACUAAGAAUGAAGCAGCUUGAGGAGUAUCUAUACAACCUCCUAAACAUCUCAAUAUACAGGAACCACCAUGAAACGGUGAAAUUUCUAGAAGUAUCAAAUCUAUCGUUUAUAUCCGACUUGGGCGGUAAAGGCAAGGAGGGCAUGAUAUUGAAACGCACCGGCUCCACGCAGCCUGGCCAGGCCGGGUGUAACUGCUUCGGUCUCCUCGGAAACAUGGUUUGUGUGAGGUGCAACUACUUCUGUACUGGUCUGCUGUGUGCCAAAUGGCAGGAACGAUGGUUCUUCGUGAAAGAUACGUUCUUCGGGUACAUUCGACCAAGGGAUGGCGUCGUCAAAGCCGUUAUGCUGUUUGAUCAAAUGUUUGAAGUAUCAAGCGGAAUGUACUCAACGGGAAUGAACCAUGGUCUUCAGAUCCUCAACCAGAGUCGACAGAUGGUGAUCAAAUGCUGGACGAAGCGAAAGAGUAAAGAAUGGAUGCAGCACCUCAAAGCUGUUGCUAAUCAGACUGCCCGAGACUUCACAUACCCAAACCUGCACCACUCCUUCGCUCCGCCUCGAGCGGCGACCCCCGUGGGUACACUAGUCGACGGCUCUGCAUACCUCUCCGCUGUAGCUGACGCCAUGGAACUGGCCAAGGAGGAGAUCUUCAUAGCAGACUGGUGGCUCAGUCCGGAGAUAUAUCUGAAGAGGCCAGCGCUUAAUGGCAGCUAUUGGAGGCUGGAUACUCUGUUGAAGAGGAAGGCGGCGCAAGGUGUAAAAAUAUUCAUAAUGCUGUACAAAGAAGUGGAGAUGGCGCUCGGUAUCAACAGUUUCUACAGUAAAAGUAAAUUAGCUAGCGAAUAUAUUAAGGUAUUCCGACACCCCGACCAUGCGAAAGCGGGCGUGUUGUUCUGGGCGCAUCACGAGAAGAUCGUGUGUGUCGACCAAACUGUCGCCUUCGUGGGCGGCAUCGAUCUCUGCUACGGAAGAUGGGACGACUAUAAACACAGGUUAACAGACCUGGGCAACGAAGUCCAACCAAAGAGCCUGUUAAGAAUGAAGAAGCAAACAUCGUCGUCUCCCGGCGGUGGGCCGUAUCUACCGUAUGCUAAUGGGCUGGAGGCUGCCCUGGAACUCGCUAAGAGCUCCAAGGAUCUAGUCAUCAGUUUAAACGAUGCGACACUCAAAGAAGAAAACGAACAAACUGAAAAAGAGAACAACAACGAAGUUGAACCAGAAACCAGUCCAAAAGAGAAUUCAGAUAACCUACCAGUCUUAGAACCAGGAGACCAACUUCUCAUAAGGAGUGCCAACCCUCAAAUAGACCCAAGCAAACGAGAGAGCGCACUCGACACUCCAGAAGUACAAAGAAGGAAUGUACUGGACAAAAUAACUGAUAGAGGAAAAAACAUCAUUAGUAUUCUUUACCCUCCAUAUGAAGAGGAAAGAAAUGAGCAGAAAUUCGAUGAUUCGGAAAGAAAGAAAGCUGAAAAAUAUGCGUUAUCUACUGAUCAGAUUCUAUUGACUGAUGCGCUAGGAAUCAAACCUGUUGAGGUGAACAGCAGGCAUGUUAGUCAACCGACUCCUUUGGCACAGGUCGUCGAAGGAAGAGUAAUUACAGAAGAAACGAAAGAAGAAUUAGAACAUAAAGAAGGAAACUCGAAGCUCUGGAUAGGAAAGGAUUAUACUAACUUCAUUGUUAAAGACUUUAAUAAUUUAGAUCUGCCUUUUGUAGACCUGGUGGACCGCAACACGACGCCCCGCAUGCCGUGGCACGACGUGGGCGUGGUGCUGCAGGCCGCCGCGGCCCGCGACGUCGCGCGACACUUCAUACAGCGCUGGAACGCCAUCAAACUCGAGAAGGCUAGACAAAACCCGAACUACCCGUACUUAUUACCGAAGGCUUAUUCCGACAUCAAACCUCUACAAGAUCUGGACAAAGUACUAGAAUGCGAUAUUAACCCUGUCUCCUGUCAGGUACUCCGCAGCCUAUCAAGUUGGUCGGGUGGUUUCUUGGACCCCGACACAGUAGAACAGAGCAUUCACGAAGCGUACGCAGACACUAUCACUCGCGCACAGCACUACGUGUACAUUGAGAACCAGUUCUUCAUCACACAGUCUCGCUCCAGCCAGGCUGUGAGGAAUCAGAUAGGCGAGGCGCUGUACAACCGCAUAAUGCGCGCGUUCCGUGCGAAGGCGACGUUCCGCGUGUUCGUGGUGAUGCCGCUGCUGCCGGGCUUCGAGGGCGAGGUCGGCGCGCCCUCCGGGACCUCGCUGCACGCCGUCACGCACUGGAACUACCAGAGCAUAUGCAGGAGCCGCGAAGCCAUAAUAACUCGUCUAUACGAGUCAGGCGUCCCGGAUCCCUUCGAAUACAUAACGUUCCACGGCCUUCGAACGCACUCAGUAUUGGGCGGAGAGCCGGUCACUGAGCUAGUGUACGUCCACUCCAAGUUACUCAUAGCUGAUGACAAGACCAUCAUUUGUGGCAGCGCCAAUAUUAAUGAUCGGUCUAUGAUUGGCAAGAGGGACUCGGAAAUUGCUGUGCUGUUGCAGGACGAGCAAUUUAUAGACGGUACAAUGAACGGCGAGGCGUACCCGUGCGGUAAAGUAGCGGGAGCGCUGCGCAAGCGACUGUUCAGGGAACAUCUAGGUCUCAUGGGAGAAGACCUGGAAAAACUUGGCAUAUCACUAGACGACCCCUGCAGCCACGAGUUCUAUAGAAACUACUGGAAAGCCAUAUCUACAAGGAAUACUGAUAUGUAUGAAGAGGUAUUCCACUCAAUACCAACAAACUCAGUGCACACCUUCGCUGAACUAAAGAAAUACCAAGAAGAAAACGAAUGCCUUUGGAACAAGGACCCAGCUCUAGCAAACAGAAAAAUAGACCUUAUACAAGGCUAUUUAGUCGAUAUGCCGUUGGAAUUCCUUUGCAACGAAACUCUAACACCUAGGAAUACUUCUAUGGAAGGCAUGUUGCCGACUGCGCUCUGGACUUAAGGCCAUUGAAGAAAAAACUGCCAUAAAUCGUUUAAGAAGAAAACUAAUAAUAAUAAAUGGUAAGCAAAUUCCAUCAUAAAAACUAAUAGGGAUGAUGACGGGGUAUGACAAUUAUAAUUUGGCCCGUCCGUUAGUUAAUGGAAAAAUAUUAGACAUGUUUUUUUAUAUAAGAUAACAAUACUUAGAUAAAACGAAUCAAAGUUUAGUAGUGGAAGCAAAUACAUCAUUUCUACGUAUGAAACGUACCUAGAAGUGACGUCACGCGAUAUUUCAAAUCAAUAUAUCUCCGUAAGUAUUUGAUUCCCUACGAAAAUAAAAAAUACGUGUCUAAUGUUUUAAAUAAUCUACAAGGCGGACAUUAAAAUGGAAAUUAGUCAUCUACCCUAUUCUUUUAGUUUCCAUUAAGGUUUUAAGUGAAAUCGAAGUAAUUUAGUCUCAAGUUAGGUAUAUAAUUGAAUACAGUAUGUCAUUGUAUUGACUAACAAUCAUACACUAUCUAGAAAGUGGGAUAUCAUUUAUUAGUUGUCUAUUUAUCAGUUUCAAACUGAGUUAUAGCUAAGCUUAUAAUUUGUAAAACUCGGGCACAAAUUCGACAUUCAGGCCGCAUUACACUUUUACAAUAUAGUGACAUCUGUUACUUUUGCUAAGAACUACUACACCAAACUGUGUAUAAAAAUAGUAAAAUUCACCAACUGCCUUGAUAAAUUGGCCUGAAUGUUACAGCGAGUAUUCAAAUACGAUUAAAUCAUUUAGGAGUGGAGUUAAUUGAAUUACAAAAUGUUGGUGCGGUUUAUAUAAUUUUAACCUUUUCACCGUUUGUAAGGACUGAACCGGGAAAGGCUCCAGUAUAACUUAAGAUUUAUUAGUCAACGACCUAUUUCCAAUUUAAAAGCUUAUGAUAAUUACAGUGAUUGGACAGAUUGGACUAGUGUUGCCAUAUGCGUAACUAACGCCAUCUACUGAACGCAAAGAUGAAAAGUCAAUCUAUGAAGUGUUGUAAUUGGGAUAAAGUUGACUUCUCAUUUCAUUCAAUUGGAAAUGAGAAAAACAUUAACAUCUGUAUGUGCUUAAUGUAUUUAUCAAAGACAGUUUAAAAGUUUUAAAAAUUGAAAACAGUGGUGAAAAAGUUAAAAUGAUUGAAGAAAAAAUCAAAAGCCCUAAUUUCGGUGUUGCUUUUUAAUUGUUUAUCUAACACUAAGUGUAAAAUGUUAAUAAAUAAUGGAUUGCAUAAUAAAUGGAAUGCUAAGUACGUACCUCAUGAGUUUGAAUGAUAAGCAAUGUUUGUGCAAUUUUAUUUUUCUAGUUAUUUUACGUAAUAAUCUUGUGAAAUGAGUAAUUGUUGAUCUGAAGUAGUUUUCUACAGAGAUUCCGUUUUUUUAAUAUUAUUAUUUAAUUAUUUUUUUAUUGUAAAGUCUGUCCAUAUUGUAGUUUUUGUUGUUACUUGUCUAUAUUACAGCUAAAAUAUGACUUUUUUUUAAUAGGGUUGUAGGAUUUUUAAACUUAGCAAAUUGAUAUUCAGUUAUUAGUUCUCUUGUAAUAUUUUCCUGUAGUUACCACGACACAAAACUUAAUUUAUGAAUAUUUAUUUUGUUACUGUUUUUAUUUAGUUAAUUUUAUUUUUUUAUUUGUGUUUUUAAAUGACAUAUUUAAUUAAUAGCAAUAAUUAAUAAUUUAUUUUUUAAUAAUAGACUCCAUUCGCUACUUUUAAUAGAAAUAGUCAUAAUAUGUUACAAAAUAGUUUCUAAAGGUGCAUUUAUCAUUCCAAGUGUUGCUAUCAAUAAAAACAAAAAUGUAGUAUUGCCAGACAGAGACUAAUUUUAUCUAGUUCUGGACCAAAAUAAUCUACAAUGUACUCAGAAACAUAUUCCUUCCUCUAAAAGUUAAGUUGUUUAAUGUUACUUAAUAGUUUUAAACUUUUUACUUUAAAACUCUCCUGUCCAUUACUUAGUUGUCCACUGCUGGUCAUGUAUGAGAUUAAUAUUAAGCUUAUGAUGCAAAUCGUGGAGUAUAUACAUACUAAUCAUAAAUGGUAAAGUAACAUUUAAGUCUUGUCCUGCCUUCAUCCCGAUCUAUUUUGGGGGUACGUCUUAUUUUUCCGUUCUCUCUAUACAAUUAUUUAUUUAUUUCUGCCUGCGGCUUCGCCCACGUUAAUGUGGAAUAAAAAAAUCCUAAAACCUAUAAGUCCUCCAAACAAUUAUACUUUCACAUCUAUAAUAUUAGUGUGGUUAAUUUAAAUCCAUUGAAAACCAACAGCUGUAUAAUUUGUUUAAGAAGAUUGUUAUUUGUGACAAAAACCCAAUAAUAGGAUUUCACGAUAAUGCACCAUCUUUUAACAAACUCCUUUCUCCAUAUAAUUCUUUUCACAAUCUAUCUACUUGUUUAGUCAUACUCUGCCCUAUUUAGUGUUACUUUUAAAAAAACUAAUUCCUCCAUUUAUUCACUACUCCGUGGUAUCAUUAAACUUUAAUGAUCAUGAUUACCCUAUAUAUUCCAUCCUAGCCUAUGCAGUAUUAUAAAAUAUAUUACAUAGGAAAUCUUAUCAAUAUCUGGGCACUUACUCUUGAAACCAAUCUCAAUGUUAAUGCGUUUUCAAUUCUCCUUGGGUGAAGCGAGAGGGAGUGCCACACUCUUACUGACUAAAAACCACGCCGUUCCUACUCCUGUUCAUAGCUGCAAUAGGCGCUUCUGUUGCAACUCCAGAGAACCAAUGUUGGUCGAUCCGAAUUGGAUUCAAGAGUAAGCCACUUGAACUCUCAUUCCUGAGUUAAACUUAUCAUUCCAAUAAAACCACCGUCUUAAUUUGCAAAAGCCUUUUCCUAUCAAAAUUUCGUUUUUCUUUUCCUUUAAUAUUUUUUUGGUUGGGUCUCAAAAUUUGUUCUGAAAUCGUUACCUAAUAUUAAUAAUCUUGAAUUAUGUCUUUCUUGCUUUAGAAAACAAGAAUUUCCUAACAUCAAGUAUUGAAUUUUUGGCUACUAAAUUAAGAAAUACUUCUUUGUAUUAAAUUUUUGAAAUUUUUGACCUACUAAUGAAUAAUGUUUUGGAAAAAGUAUUUUAUUAAGAGGCUUCGCAUACUUUUGACUCGCUAUGACUUUUUCCUAUUUUAUGCAUAGUAAUAAAAUAUACAUGACUACUUACAUAAAUAAUACUUGUUAAGAUUGUAAAUGAUUUGUGCUGUGCGGUGCAUGAUAACUAAUUAUUAUUUAUUUCAAUUGUACUCUAGACUCAUGUAUGGUGUAUUUAUGAAUUAUUUUAUUUUAUUGUCUAAUCUUAUGAAUAAUAAUUUUAUCAAUGUUUGUGAUGAAUCUGUGUUAUCCUGGUAAUUGUGUUGUAUUGUAAUUAAAAUGAUAUUUUUAUGAAAAUAA